CACACACUCCGGCCUGCUGGUGUCUGUACGCUCCUGAAGCUCGAUGUGGGUUUGGAGUUUGUCCGGUUUCCGGUUUGUUGAGGAGUUCAUCCGGCGAACGCAGUGCAGGGCGGAGACACAACAACAACAUCAUCAUCACCACUCCUCCACCACCCUCACCAUCAGAGCCCCAUGCCGCAGGGUGAGCAGCAGAACCCCGGCUUCGGUUCGGGAGGAGAACACUAACAUGGAGAUGGAACUCACAGCACAGGAGCUUUCGAGGAACUGAGAACAUCUCCACCUCAUUCCAUCUGAUCUGCACACAGCUCCAGCUCUGCAGCUCCAGAGUUGAUAACACAGAGAUGCACGCUGUCCUGUCACUCAGCUUUUGAGGCAGCGUCCCUGCUACUGGGCGGAGUUUUCCGGUUUACGCCCCGCAGCCGGGUCAGGAUGAGGAGCAGCGAGGAGGCGGAAGGUUUUGACGGCGAGGCCUCCAACACGGCGAUGGUGUCGGGGGCGAGCAGUCCGUAUCAGCCCACCACCGAGCCCGUCCUCUCACGGGGUGUGUUCAGGAACAUGAACUGGAACACACGCUACCUCACGUCACAGCUCGGCAUCCUGAAGAUCAUCGAAGUGGUUCUGUCCCUCAUUGGGUUUAUCUGCAUUGAGACGGUGAUGAUGUGUUCCCCCUGCACUGGAGUUUAUCUCUUCGAGUUUGUAAGCUGCAGCUCCUUCGUGGUGACGGGACUCUUCCUCCUCAUCCUCAUCCUCAACCUGCACACCAGACUCACACACAUCAACUGGAGCGUGCUGGACCUGAUAAAUGCAGUGUGUUGUACGCUGUUCUUCUUCAUCGCCUCAGUGGUGUUAGCGGCGCUCAAUCACAAGAGUGGAGCAGAAAUAGCUGCCGUGAUCUUUGGCUUUGUGGUGAUGCUGGUGUAUGGCGUGAACACGGGAGUGUGUGUGAGACAGUGGCGUUCAGGAGGCCAGCGCCCCCCUCAGGCCAGCGAAUACACACGUGCCAGGACGGCCUCACGCAGUGAAGUGGAGGCACGGCCUGAAUAAAAAACGCACACGCACACACACACACACACACAGACAGACACACACCAACCAGACUGAUGAAGACGUACAGUAAACACACAAUACUCACACACGAACACACUUCAUAUGACGUCUUGGUGAUGUGAGUUUUAUUAUAAAGUUGCAUAAUUACUGUAUUACUUUAUUACAUACUGUUUAUAGCUACACACACACUACACACACACUACACACACACUACACACAC